AAUUUGAGCUUUCGCGUUCUUAUAUACUGAGAUCUUACAUAGAAAACGUGAAUUUGAAUUUUAAUGUGAAAAACAAACAUAAAGUAAGCAAAUUAAUGCAUGUUAGUUUUAAUCGUUUUGCAUUAUUUUAUUUCUAACUUUUGUCUAGCAAGACGCCAAAUGCUAUUUCUCACUCUCGCCCCUAGAGCUCUUUCAGAUAAAAUCCAAGGGUUUAAUGUCAAAGAGCUCUGGGGUCGAGAAUGGCUAUUUCUUUCUCUUGGACUUCACACACGUUUUGUUCUCAUCAAGAAAGCAAAAUGUUUAAUGAAUGUAGGAAAGCUUAAGCUGUUGUCAUUAUAUAUUGAUGAGAAGAAAUGUGACUUCGUGUGAAACGAAUAGGGAUUUAUUUUUCCCAUGGCUUUUUAAUUCUUCUUUUGUUCCGUCUCUCACGUGCUCAAUUGAAUUAGCAGCUGAGAUUUCAUGCAAAUUUUAGCAACGAUAAGCUACAAUUUGUUUAGGCUUUCACUUUUGGAAGUGCGCUCAAUCUAUCCGAAAAACGAAACAAGAAAGAAAAUAAAAAGCAGUAAAAAUUAGAAACAAAUUAUCAGUAAAACCAACAUGAUGCUUUUUCUACUCUUCGUGUAUUCCAUGUUUACUUCUGUGUCUGGUCACACAUUUACGUUAAUAGAUAGAGAAAAAUCGUACGCUCGUCUGCAUUCGCCGAUGUGGAAACGAAAUGGAAAAUUACAUUUUAAUAUGAAAACAAAUGGAAAGGACGGUACAAUUUGUACGAUUGAAAAUCAAGUUGGCGAAAUUAUGAGAUUGAUAUCACAAAAAGGCCUUCUUCAAAUUCUAUUUGACGAUAUCAAGCAACCGGUAUUUACGGACAGCUUAGAAAUAAGAGAACGUCGUUGGAAUCACAUUCGAUUGCAUCAAACACGUGAUGGUUUAGCAAUGCGCUUUAAUCACGUGAAUAUGGACAUUCCGUUGACAAAAAGACGGUGGAAGGUUUCUUAUUGGAAAAGCGUGACCAUAGGUGAACCAUUGCAAGAACGGAAUGAAGUAAAUAGCCAAAGAAGUAUUGUAGGUUGUAUACAACUUCAUACACAUAAACAUGAUGAAAAGUUUAUAGACAACAAGCAAGCAAUAUUGGACGGUUGCAUUGACGCAUGCGCUGUACAAUCCUGUCAAAAUGGUGGAGAAUGUGUUAACCAAUAUAAUGCUAUUACUUGUGACUGUCGAAGCAGUGGUUACACUGGAAAAACUUGUGAUAUCAAAGCUGAAGCAGUAAAAUUAGACACCUCGAAUUUCAUAGUAAUGGAAGUCAAUCUCUUGGACGAAGAUGACGAAAUUUCGAUUCGUUUUAAAACAAAUAUUCCAAGUGGAAUUUUAAUAGCAACAGAAUCACAAGACGAGUUACCCUUGGUCGAAUUAUAUAACUCAAGUAUUCUUGUUGUUGUUCAAGUUGCCACAGGUGUAUUACGAAUGAACAUCGGCAAGGAUUUACACGACGGGCAGUGGCAUCAUUUUCAGUUAUCUCGCAACUUUCACGACGUCAAACUAAAACUCGACAGUGACGUUAAUGUGCACGCUAUUAUCCGCGACGAAAACAACAACGUCAACCUGAGUAAAGAAGAAAGUUUCUUACAUUUCGGAGGAGUUGUGAAUCCUAAUGAUACUAUUUACUCUCUAAGUAAACAAAACUUUAAAGGUUGCUUGCAACAAGUUUUUUUUGGUCAAAAUGACGUCAUAAGAAAUUCGUUACGUCAGCACAAUCCGUCAUAUUCAACUGCUGGAAAAAUUGAGCCUUGUCAUGGUUCUUCAGGGUAAUAAGUUUCUGGCACUUAAACCAUAAGGGAUUGCAGUAAAAUCGGAACAAACAGUGACGCCGUCAUAUUUGUAAAAACAACCCCUCUUGGAGUUUGUGUGGAACACAGUCCGGCGGAAAGCGCGGCAAAAAAAAAAAGAAAACACAUUGUACCAAACAGGAUGGGUUUCUUAAACAACUAUAUAGUUGCACUUUUGAAAUAAUUUACAAGACAUACAGAUUGGUUGAUCAGUUCGUCACAAUUCGUCCACGUCUCCUGCAAAAUUGUCGUCAAAAGUUCAGCUUUGUCAUGUAAUUCUUUUUCGAUGUACAACAGGUCCCCGUGUAGCUAUGGAAACAAAAAAAUUGUCAACAGAUUCUCCUUUUUUUUGUAUUGUACAAAUUGUAAAAAGGUUUAGAAAAGUAAUUUUUAUUACUA